UCUUCCAAGAUGGCCGAAGAGGCGCUUCUAGAGGGAGGCGCAAAGGCUGAUAAUGCCAUUGGUGGAAUUACGGCUGCUUACAGUGGGAGGGAAUGACUGCAUCCCAGUUUCCGGUUCCGGCAGUACCGGGAUCCCAGUCGAGAUGGAGGAAGAUGCGAACCGAUUCUGGCUGUCUCUGGGACUGGAGGGUAAUGCGGGGGCUGCGGUCUAGGAGUUCCAGUCUCAGACGCGGCUAAACCGCCGGGGUCUGAGAAGGUAAGCGACCACGGUGCUUGGGUGCCUUGAAGGAUCAGAGGUACUCAAGGAUCGACUUGUCGAGGAGGCAGCGGCUGUCAGUCUGCUCUGCGGGGCUGCAUCGCCAUGGGAAGCCGCUCUGCACUUUUGGCAACGAAAGGCAAGUCCCCCGAGGCAUCUCGUCCUGGCAGAGGAGCAUGAGAGACUGACAGCUAGAGAAGCAUGGCGAGGGGCAUGCCCGAGGACCCUGAAUUGGCCGUGCAAGAGCCAGACAGAAGGUCUUUGGGCGCAAUGGAGGACAAGCGGAACAUCCCGAUCAUCGAGUGGGAGCACCUGGACAAGCGGAAGUUCUACGUGUUUGGUGUAGCUAUGACGAUGAUGAUCAGGGUCAGCGUGUACCCGUUCACCCUCAUCCGCACCCGCCUGCAAGUCCAGAAGGGCAAGAGCCUCUACCAUGGGACCUUCGAUGCCUUCGUCAAGAUCCUGCGGGCCGAUGGCGUGGCGGGCCUCUACCGGGGGUUCCUGGUCAACACCUUCACACUCAUCUCUGGCCAGUGCUACGUCACCACUUACGAGCUUACCCGGAAGUUUGUAGCUGACUACAGCCAGAGUAACACGGUCAAAUCACUGGUAGCCGGCGGCUCAGCCUCCCUCGUAGCCCAGAGCAUCACGGUGCCCAUCGACGUCGUCUCCCAGCACCUGAUGAUGCAGCGCAAGGGUGAGAAAAUGGGACGCUUCCAAGUGCGCGGGAACCUAGAGGGACAAGGGCUGAUCGCCUUUGGCCAAACUAAGGACAUCAUCAGGCAGAUCCUGCGGGCUGAUGGUCUUCGAGGCUUCUACCGAGGCUAUGUGGCCUCGCUGCUAACGUAUAUCCCAAACAGCGCCGUGUGGUGGCCCUUUUACCACUUCUACGCAGAGCAGCUGUCGCGCCUGUGUCCUCAGGAGUGCCCUCACAUUGUCUUUCAAGCCAUCUCUGGGCCCCUGGCUGCAGCCACUGCCUCCAUCCUCACCAAUCCCAUGGAUGUCAUCAGAACCCGUGUGCAGGUUGAAGGCAAGAGCUCCAUCAUCCUGACCUUCAGACAGCUGAUGGCGGAAGAGGGGCCAUGGGGCCUCAUGAAGGGCCUCUCAGCCCGAAUCAUCUCGGCUACACCCUCCACCAUCGUCAUCGUGGUGGGCUACGAGAGCCUCAAGAAACUCAGCCUGCGACCCGAGCUGGUGGACUCGAGACACUGGUAGCGAGCAGCGGAUGGAGAGGCCGUGGUUUCACACAUUACUCUGGGCCAGCGCAGAGCAGGGCGGAUAACUACCCCUGUGAAUGCCACCGCCACACACCCAUCCUGCUCCAGGUGGCCCGUCAGGGAUAAGAGGAGGCUUUGGACUGCUCGUUCUGCAGAGGUUCUGUGCCUGCCUUCCCUGAUCCCCAUAAUUUUAUUUUUCCUGCAGAUCUGGGCCCCUCACUUGGUCACUCAGUCAUGACCUGAAGAUCAACCGUCACAGGGAGGGCCCCGUUAGCCCCUCACUGUGCCCCUCUGUCCUUCCCUCAGGCCUGGGAAGAGCUUGUCCCUGCUUCUUCCCCAUGAGUCUUUAGGCCAAGGCUCUAAGUAGCUGCCCGUGCCCGUGAUUUUAUUUUUAUGAUUGCUUAUUUUAAAUUUGGGACUUGAUGUGUUCACUGGACUACUCUGCUUUGUUCUGGCUUUUGGGGAACAAAUCAGAGCAGCACACACUCUGCAGGGCGAUCAUCUUUGGGAGUUACUAGGAGGGAGCCCUGCUAAGGCUUCAUGUGCAGCUGCACAUCUGUGAGUGAGCCGACUAAUCCCGAUAGCUCAGUUUGCCGUCAGACCCCACUCCUUGGAGAAGUGGAAAACUGUGACACAAGUCCCAGUGCUUUAUCCCUUCCUUGUCCCUUCAGGCCUGGGAACCUGCAGAUAGAAUGAGCUGUUGGCCUUCAUUGGCCCAGGUGACUACAGUGGAGGGCACCGUUGUAAGAGGAUCAGAUGUACUGGAGAACACUGGACUUGGAACAUUGCCCCAGGCUAGGUUGAGAGAGCUGGUAUAGAGAAGAUGUGCGUUCCUCGGGCCAGCUGAGCCACGCCCAGGAGGGGCCAUGGAGGUUCUGAGCCCUAGGCAGGCAGCAAUGUCACAGGCAUACCUGUCACUCAACAUAGCAACAGGUGUCUCACAGUAGGACUUUAGAAUAUGAACUAUUCUUGUUCUUCUUGUCCUUGGGGGUGAAAUGUCAUCCCCGUCAUGGUACCCCGUGCUGGCAACAGAAAAGAAAGUCCAGUCAGGAAGGCGCCCAAGGCCAGGUCCACCUGGUUACCAGCCUCUUACUGCCAAAAUCGUUGAUGCUCUCCUCAGGAGCGUGCCUCUUCCCUGCCUCCACUGAGCCUGUGUUGGUGGCAGAGAGGCACAGCGUGAGGAAUGAAAAGAAAGCAGGCAAAGCUUGCUGUUCGGCCUGGGUGUUGCUUUCAACCAAUCAGUGGCCAUGCCUUGGGAAGUGCCAUGGUGCCAAACUGGAAGGUGCUAGCUAACUGAAGCCUUCAGGUUUCUCACGGCUGCUCCACUUUCUUCCAUCCUGACGCGACCCAGCCUCCGGACUUACCUCUUCUACUCCUCGUGGUGGUCUGUCUGUUUCCUUCUGAGCCUUCUACUUUUAUUUGUCUCAGCAUUUUGGUGGUUAUCCCAGGCUGGGUUUGAAUUCACUAUGUAGCAGAGGAUAGCCUUGAACUCUUGAUCUUGCUCCACCUCCUGAGUUCCAGGUUUACAGGAUGGCGCCACGCCCCACUUCCUGCACUUUAUUGAGAGAGCCCUUCAAUCUUCCCAAUAGUCAUCUGAAGCGUGGAGCCCACAGAUCAUUUUAAAUCCUUCUGCUCCUCACCUCCAGCGUAUACGAGCCGUCAGUACAGUGGAGCCAGGGCCCCGCUCCUUUUCCUGUCAAGUCCUUUGUGAGUGGAUGUCUCUCGCUCUUCUUUGGUCUUCGCUUAUCAGGGCAGAGUGUGGGCAUAGGUUCCUGCCUUCCAUGCCUUAGGUUACUUCUUCCCGACGUGAUUUUCUUGUCCGGUGUUUAAGCCUCUCCCUUUCUUGUCCUUUUCCCUUUCCUUUUCUCCCCUUCUGUUUGAAAGGUCUGUGGAUGUAAAGGUAAAGGCCUCCCCAUUGGGACCCCUACUUUCCCAAGGACUAGGACUGCCCUUGGUGAAGAUGGGCCAGUGGGCGGCCAUUUUUCCAAAACCGGAGACCAAAACAGCUAGAAAUUUUGACCCGUUGGUCCAUAACACAAAUUCGAAACUCGGCAAGACAGGAAGGCUGGAUGGAGGCACAUAGGAAAGAAUAUGCACAUUCAGCAUUGGAUAGAAAUGGACUCGUGGAUAAUAGCUGCGAAUAUUCACUGUUGCACUGUAUGAAAUCUUUGAAAUGUAAUUAAAAGUUUUUAUUGAGCCC